AUGGACAUUAUCCCGAUAAUCUUUGCAAGUGAAAAUAAUACCUCAGAAAUUGAUCCUGAGUUUUCAGAUACGCCCUUCAGAAAAAUAAGAUAUACAAUGGCUGCUUUACUCAUCAUAAACACGAUUAUUUUCAUCUCAGCAAUAUACUUGACCUAUCGGCUGUUCAAGUUGCUUAAGUGCUCAGAUUUUGUCAUGCUCCAAACAAUUCUCUUCAUUGAUAUGAUCGUUAUAUUAAAGGAGAUCUAUCUAAUUCUAUAUAUAGCAGCAAGAUAGGGACAUGAUAUCUUGAUAUCAAAUCUUUUCUUUAACAUACUGCUACUUUUUGGAAACAAUUUCUUCCUUAUGGCUUUUGUCCUAACUAGCUCCAAAUGGGUUAACUUCUAAAUUAUUGCUUAGUCAUAGAUUUCUGGGGAUAGAUUAUACUACGAAGAAAAUAUUGUGAGAUUAAAGAAAGGUACAUAAAUAGCAAAUGUAAUCAUUACUUUGAUAUGCAUGGGACUAAUGAUUUUAAUGAUGACCUCAGAUAAAAAAAGUGGAGGCUUUGAUUAUGAAAAAGUUUAUUCUGCAUUUUUAGUAGGAUCAUUUAGUUUAGGACUAAUUAUGUUAGCAAUAGUAACAAGAAAACUUAUAGUUACUUUAAGAAGUUACUAUCCAGAGUUUUACUAUGAAGAGAGGAAAUACAUUUUAUCUAUGACUUUAAUAUUGCUUAUAGCUAUGAGUGCAAAAGUUGUAUUUGGAAUAUACAGAUUUACUAUUCCUAAUAUCACAUACUUCUUCAUUGAUAGCGAGAGAAAAGAUGACUGGGAUUCACCUACUUAUUUCAUUUUAGGUUUCACAAUAUCUGAAUAUCUACCAGUUACCUCACUAUUAUCAACUUUUUGGUACGGUUUGACUAGAAGAAAUAAAGUUAUUAAAUCUCGUAAAUAUUCAAACCCUUAAUCUUCUGAGUACACAUCUUCAUUCUUUGGGGAUGAAGAAGAAGAUGAGGAUGAUGAUAUCUACUCAUAGAAUCCCUUUGGUAUAGGAAAAACAGCUAAAAUUUAACCAAUAUCAAUGAGUCGUAGAGUUACAGAUGAUGAAAAUUUAUUAACAUAAAAGACAAAAACUAGUUUAAAUCGAGGCCUAUCAUGA